GAGAAGGGUCAGGGAGGUAAGGAUUUGGAAAUGGAGAAUAUUGUGGAAGAAGUUUCUGAUGGAGUUGAAGAGAACAAAGGAGGGCAAAAUGGCCACGAGAAGAAGGUUUUGAAGGAAAGUUUAGAAAUUUCAGUUGAGGAAGAUGGAGAAAAGUCGAAGCUUGUUGUAGAAGGAGAAAAUGGAGCUAAUGAGGGCAAUGAGGGACCAAAAAAGCGUUUGAGGGGUUAUAGUAAGAGAGUAAAUACUGGAAAGAACGGUUCAAGUAUAUCUAUUUCUGGAAAAGAGAGCAGUUUGAAUCAAGAAAAGGAGGUGGAUGCUUCAAAGGCAACUCGUAAAAAUGAGGGGAAUUUGGAUAAUCACCAAAAGGGAGUGGAGUUAUCAGAAAUUGACAAUCAUAAAGGUUAUUCGCUGAGGCGUGGAAAUGUUCCAGUGCAAGAGAAGCCAAAAUUAAAUAAAUCAGACCAAAAAGUUUCCUCAAUGUGCCACCAAUGUCAAAAGAAUGACAAAGGCCGGGUUGUUAGGUGCAAAAGUUGUAAUAGAAAGCGGUUCUGUGUUCCUUGCAUAACAAAGUGGUAUCCACAUACACUUGAAGAGGAAAUUGCCGAGGCUUGUCCUGUAUGCCGUGAAAUUUGCAAUUGCAAAGCAUGCUUACGUUUAGAUGCACCAAUAACAAAGAUUGAGAAGCUGGAAUUAAAUAUUAGCAAAGAUGAAGAAAUUGAGCACUCAAGGUAUUUGCUUCAAGGGCUUCUUCCAUUUUUGAAAAGAUUAAAUGAGGAACAAGGAAUUGAAAGUGAGAUGGAAGCUAAGAGACGAGGGGUUUCUUUGUCGGAGCUAAAGAUACAAGAGUCACAUUGCUCUAAAAACGAGCGUAUUUAUUGCAACAACUGCAAAACUUCUAUUGUUGAUUUUCACAGAAGCUGUCCUCUAUGUUCAUAUGACCUUUGCCUCGGUUGUUGCCGGGAGAUUCGAGAUGGACACCUUCAGGGAAGUGAGGAGGAUCUUAUUAUGCCAUUCAUUAGCCGAGGCUUGGAGUAUUUGCAUGGUGGUGGGAGCAAAGAGGAAGCUUCUUCCGGCGGCACUAGCUAUUACGACAGUGUUAUUCCAAUUUCGGAGUGGAAAGCAAAUGAAGAUGGAAGCAUUCCUUGCCCUUCAAAGGACUUGGAGGGCUGCAGUCAUGUGCUUCUAGAACUGAGGAGCCUGUUUCCAGAAAAUUUUGUCCCAAAGUUGGUAAAGAAAGCGGAAGAACUAGCAGAUACUUACAAACUCAUCGAUACAUCUGAAAUUCCUACACAUCAGUGUUCGUGUCUCAAUGCCAGGGAUGCGAGUGAGUUGAGUCUCAAGAUGGUAAGGAAAGCUGCUAAUCGAGAAGAUUCUGAUGAUAACUAUUUGUACUGUCCAAAGGCUAGCAAAAUCCAACUUGAGGAUUUGAAGCAUUUUAGGGAGCAUUGGAUGAGAGGUGAACCGGUAAUCGUCGAUAAUGUUCUUGAAACUGCAUCAGGUUUAAGCUGGGAACCAUUUGUCAUGUGGCGUGCUUGUCGUCAAUUGCAUCAUGUCAAGUAUGAUAAACAUUUGGAAGUCAAGGCCAUUGAUUGCUUGGAUUGGUGCGAGGGUGACAUUAAUAUCCAUCAGUUUUUCAUUGGGUAUUUAGAAGGGCGUUUUGAUUUGAAAAGGUGGCCUCAGAUACUUAAACUGAAAGAUUGGCCCCCGUCUAGUUUAUUUGCAGAGCGUUUGCCUCGUCAUAAUGCUGAAUUCAUCUCCUGCUUACCAUUUAAGGAAUAUACACAUCCUCUUAAUGGAUUGUUAAACCUCUUUGUCAAAUUGCCCAAGGAAUCUUUAAAGCCGGACAUGGGGCCCAAGACAUAUAUUGCUUAUGGUGUUCAGCAGGAGCUUGGACGUGGAGAUUCUGUAACCAAACUUCAUUGUGACAUGUCUGAUGCAGUAAAUGUUCUGACUCAUACUGCUGAAGUGAAAUUUACACCUGAACAGCUUACUACCAUAGAAGACCUGAAAAAGAAGCACAGUGAGCAAGACCAGAGAGAAAUUUUUGGAAGUCGUGUGGCUAGUGAUUGUGAGUGGAAGGUUAAAGAAUUUUCACAGUUAAACUCUCGAAAGAGUCAGGAGUUAGAUAAAGAUGAAAGUGGAGGUAAUAUUGAUCUGUUACUAAAUUCUGGAAAUACAUUGGAAGGCUUGGAAGAAGCUGAGGGUGGUGCUCUAUGGGACAUUUUCCGGCGAGAGGAUGUUCCCAAGCUGCAGGAGUAUCUGAAAAAGCAUUUCAGAGAAUUUAGGCACACUUACGGCUGUCCAGUACAUCAGGUUAUUCACCCUAUACAUGACCAGACAAUGUAUUUGACUAUGGAGCACAAACGGAAGCUUAAGGAGGAAUAUGGGAUUGAACCGUGGACCUUUGUCCAAAAACUUGGAGAUGCUGUCUUAAUACCUGCCGGCUGUCCUCAUCAAGUUAGAAACUUGAAGUCCUGCAUAAAGGUUGCACUUGACUUUGUCUCACCUGAAAAUGUUGAUGAGUGUGUUCGGUUGACGGAAGAAUUCCGAACACUCCCUUCCGGUCACAAGGCUAAGGAGGACAAAUUGGAGGUGAAAAAGAUGGCCCUCUAUGCGAUGAAGGAAGUUGUGGAAACUUUGUAUCCAAAACAAAGGUCUAAGAGAAAGCGAAAUGAGGAAAAGGGAAAGAAGGGAAAAGGGAAAGGAAAAGUUGUCUAAGAAGACGGAGCCCUAGUUGUAUUUAACAUAAUUGCUGCUCUCCGUUUUUGCCCAGUAGUCUGGAUUUUGGAGAGUUUAUGACUGAUACAAUGAAAAGUUACAUCGUUGUAAGAACUUCCUUUCGUAGAAACAAACACUUUG